AUGGCUCCCAUUAGGCCUAAAGCUUCCACGAAAGGCCGCAAACGCUGGGGUCGUGGGAAGAGCAACCACUUCGAGAGCCGCACCAAGAGGAAUCGCAAAAUCCCGCGCCUUGGUAUCAACCGGAUCGAGAGAAACCGUACAGAGAGGAGCAGUGCCGAGAGACAGCGUGCUGAGAGGAAUAAGGUUGAGAAGAGUCACGCCGUGAAUAGUAUUGCUGAAAAAUACCGCGCUGAGAAACAGCUGCCCUGGAGACCGCCGCGGCCUCUAGCCAUUCUUGCCCAAAAACACGAACUGGCAUUGUCUAGAAAAGCCCUGUUCCCGCAGUCAGGCCCUUCUGCUGCGAGCAAGAAGCCCAAGCCAGUCAUCACUAAAUCCAGACAUGGUCUGGCUAAAUACAAGCCUGUGGCCCAGUGGCCGUCACCGGAACCUUUGGAGAUGAACUGCCUCGAAAGGGCGCCAUUGCCCCCUAAUUAUGUGUUUGUUCCCAGGGGUGAUGUCUAUGUUACUCGACACUGUCGAAGUAAAACAAAGGAAGAUCACCGGCUGGUCUAUAAAGUUUAUGACAACACAGGGAAGAAGGCACUUGGAAUCCGCGUUCCUGCCGAUGUUCACGCUGCUGUACUACGAUCAGCCGAAGAAACGGCAGAGUCCCGCGCCAAUGCCGUCAGAGCCCGCGACGAGAGAGAAUUAGCACACAAUAGAGAACUUUUAAGGAAGCAGUUUCCCUUGAUGCCGGCACAGUCGCUAAACACCAUCCUCCAGCACGCCUUCCUCAAAGGCUCUGGCCGUGUCGGGAGAACUACGACUACCCCUGAAAAGGAAAAGGUCAUUCUAGCUGUGGAGGCACAUAUUCGACACGUACAUACACCAUAUGAGGAGCUACUUCGCUCAGGGAUGCCUCGACUAGAGGCUCGCAAUAAGUUAUCUCGAAAACCAUGUCAUACCACGUUAACCAUCGAUCUCACGGAAUGCAUACGACGUACCCGUGCGUCAAUUGCUACGGCGCAUGCCUUCUUGUCGAGGGUUUUUUCUGGAAGCGGUCAGAGAUGUUGAAUAAUGAUGGCAUGAGUUACGAGAAAUGCG